ACCAUUAACUGUGAAACAUUUGAAAAAUGUUGCUGCCCCUGCUGCUGGUGAUUUCUAUCGCAGCAGUUCCUUCGUUGGCUGACUUGAGCCAAGUUUGUGUGGGAGUGAAUGCAGGAAUUUUCCCCCAUCCGGACCCUACCCAGUGUUACCUGUACGUUUCGUGCAUCUUCGAAAGAUAUCUGGUGUAUCAGUGCGAAGCUGGAUUGAUUUUUGAUGCGAAUUCUCUGGAAUGUGUACCAGGUGACCGGGAUGAGUGCGGAGCUCGUGAAGUAGAUGAAAGAUGUUUGCAGGUUUCAUUCGGAGUGUUUGAACAUGUGACGGAUUGUGGAAAAUUUGUCUUCUGCCAGCUGGGUAAUUCAAAGGAAUUCGAGUGUUUAAUGAGAGAAAUCUGGAGCCAGGAGGAAGGUGUUUGUAUUCCUGGAAAUAGAGUAACGUGUCUACCAGGAGACGUAUUGUGCAUGGGCCGACCGAAUGGAUUGAUUCCGUAUCCGGAUGAUUGCGGUCGAUAUGUUGAGUGUUUCGAGGAACGUGCCACGUAUAGAAGCUGUCCUAGAGGCUACAUCUUUUCAGACGAGCGAUCUCAAUGUGUGGUGGGAAGUGUCAGUACUUGCCAAUCAUCGGAAUCUGUGUGUGACAUGAAUCCUAAUCGGAUGCAUCCACAUCCGGAUCAAUGUGACAUGUUCAUAGUUUGCGAUUCAAAUGGAGCGUCUGGUGUGGAGUGUGGAACAAAUGAAAUUUUCAACGUUGACAUUCAGUUCUGUGUGCCUGGAAAUCCUGAUACUUGUGAAGUGAGCAGACCGGAAGUGGCAUGUGAUGGUCGUCCUGAUGGAAUUGUUCCUCAUCCUGAUGAAUGUGGUCAGUUUAUACAGUGUAUUGGAGGUAGUUCGAUAGUUCACGAUUGUCCUCUGGGACAAAUUCUACGACCGGAAAUACCUUUGUGCGUAGCUGGAAACUCGGACACCUGUGAAUUUAUCGACGGAGUAUGUUCUGAUCGCCCAAAUGGCUGGGUCGUGGAACAUCCAAAUUAUUGCGGUCAUUUCAUCUGGUGUCAAAAUGGAGAAGUUCAAAUUCAUCCUUGUCCACCGGGAGAAAUCUUACGACCAGACAUGCAGUUCUGUGUUCCUGGAGAUGUUAACACCUGUACUGAUACGCCAAUUGAUAGUAUGUGUAAUGGAAUAACAGGUCCAGUAAUCUAUCCACACCCAGAACUCUGCGACCAGUUUGUUGUUUGUCAAGAAGGAGAAUUGUUACCCAUUAAGUGUCCGGAUGAUAUGAUUGUGGAACCAGGUACAAUCCAAUGUGUUCCCGGUAAUCAAGAUACGUGCACUCUGUACACAGAUCUUUGUGUAGGCAGGCCAGAUGGAUUGAUAGCUCAUCCUUCAAAUUGUCGACUGUUUAUUGAAUGCCGGGCAGGUUUCGUGAUAUUGGGCACUUGCCCUGCUGGCCAAAUUUGGGACCCGAACACCGGAGCCUGCGUUAUUGGAAAUACGGAAACUUGUGACAGUUUGAGUGAUUUUUGUGUUGGUCUCGCAGAUGGAGUACAUCCACAUCCGAACUAUUGUCACCUAUUCGUACUUUGCUCAAACGGACAAACUGCAGUUCACAAUUGUCCAGCGGGUGAAAUUCUACGACCGGAUAUGCAGUUCUGUGUUCCUGGAGUUGGAUGUGAACCAACACCUCUGGAAAGGAUGUGCGAGUCACGUGAUGGUGUCAGAUAUCCGCAUCCGGAUGAUUGUUCACUCUGGGUGAACUGUGUUAAUGGAGUGCCAUCUGUUGAGUCGUGUCCAGAUGGGACAGUUAUCGAGCCAGGGACCAUUCAAUGUGUCGCAGGUAACAGCGAAACUUGUGCAUUACAUACUCACCUGUGCAGUGGAAUCCAACAAGAUGUUAUACCUCAUCCUGAUUUGUGCCACGUCUUUCUGCGGUGUGAGUCCUCACAAACUAUUACUUCAAGCUGUCCACGAGGAACAAUUUUCCUUCCAGAGAUCAGACAAUGUCAAAUUGGAGAUAGAGAUACCUGCUUAUCUCUCCAAAACACAUGCACCCAACUGGCAGACCAGGUACUACCUCAUCCAAACUUUUGCGAUAUAACCAUCGAAUGUCGAGAUAGUAUCACGCUUAUGCGGAUGUGCGCACCAGGCCUAAUAUUGCACCGUCAAAUGCAAGUUUGCGCUCCUGGCGAUGCUCAAACCUGCAGCCUGAGAGACGUUCCAACUAUGUGCCAGAAUCACCAGGGCAUUUUCCCAAUUCCUGACCAGACUCAAUGUGCCGAUUACGUCUUGUGUAACAAUUUCCUACCGACUCUGCAAACCUGUCGAUCUGGUUCGGUUCUGCGUCCAAGAUUCAUCGAAUGCGUCCCCGGAAACGAAGACACUUGUGAGUUCUUCCCGCAUAUCUGUUUGUUCCGGCCACCGAAUGAUUUGAUUCCGCACCCGAUACGAUGCGACAUGUUUGUGAUGUGUAUUUCCGAGAUGCCACACAUCGUAGACUGUCCGGCUGGUUCCAUUUUCCUGGAUUCACUCGGAAUUUGUGUUCCUGGAGAUGCUAACACCUGUUUGCCUAUGUAAAACGUUAACGGAUAAGAACUCUUUCCUUUUCAAUCAUCAAAUCACUUUGAAAUCUACAUAAAAUUGAAACUUUUCUAAAAAAAAUUGUUUUUAAAUGGAAUAAAUAUAUG